GCCGGCGGGGGGCGGGGCUUGCGGUCCAGGUCGGAGAAAGUGCCACGCGACUGAGGCUCAGCUGCUCGCGGACCUGAAGCAGUCAUGGACGACCCUCAAACUCUCGGCUUCCUGGUCUUCGGAGGCUUCAUGGUCGUCUCGGCGGUGGCCAUCGUCCUCGUCUCCACGCUGUCCAUGAAGGAGACGUCGUACGAGGAGGCGCUCGCCAAGCAGCGGCGCCGGCUCGACCAGGCGGCGCCGGCCAGGGGAGACAAGAAGAAGAAGGACAAGACGACAGAGAAGAAGAACAAAGCCAAGAGGAAGGAGGAGCGGCAGACCUCCGAGCCCGGCAGCGACGGGGGCGAGGAGCCGGUGGUGGUGACCUGCACCGAGCCCGAAUCUGACCCUGAACCUGCCGCAGAGCCUGAACCGGCACCUGAACUGGCACCUGAAUUGGCACCUGAAUUGGCACCUGAACCGGCACCUGAAUUGGCACCUGAACCAGCACCUGAACCGGCACCUGAACGCACCGCCGCCGAGCCUCCUGCAGCCGCCUCACCGAAGGGGAAGAAGAAGAAGAAGUCAGCCAAGGUGGAGCCAGCUGCCGUCAUGGCUGCUAAGGAGGUUCUGGUCAUGGCCGUUGCCCCGGUGAUGGACGUUGCCCCGGUGAUGGCCGUCGCCCCGGUGAUGGAUGUCACCGAACAACCGGCCGCCGCCAAAACUGAAGAACCCAAAGAAACCUCGACCAAGAAGAAGAAACCCAAAAACAAACCCGAGACAGCGUCGCUGCCGCAGAGCGAGCUGAUUACCACCGUCUCCAAGGCAACGCUCAACGAAGACGAGACAAACAAACUGAAGAAGAAGACCGGCGACACCUGGCAGCUGGCCUCUCAGAGAGGAGACCCGCUGUCCUCUCUGAAGAAGCAGCUGGAGGACAAAGACAAGCAGCUGACGGCUCAGCAGGACGCCGCCGCCGCCGCCAAGACUCGCCUCCGGGAGCUCAGCAAGGAACUCGGUGCUGAGAAGUCCAAGCUGGCGUCUGUGGAGUCGCGUCUGAAGGCGGAGCUCGGCGCUCGCGGUCAGGAAGUCGACGCCUUGCGGGCCGGCAUGAAGACCGCUGACCAGGAACACCAGAACCAAACCCAGCAGCUCAACAAGAAGAUCGAGGGUCUUCAGGAGCAGCUGGAGAACGGACCCAACGCCCAGCUGGCUCGCCUGCAGCAGGAGAACUCGAUCCUUCGCGACGCCUUGAACCAGGCGACCAGCCAGGCGGAGAGCAGGCAGAACGCUGAGCUGGCCCGUCUGCGGCAGGACUGCGUCCGUCUGGGUCGGGAACUGUCGGAGCGCUCCGAUGCUCAGCGGACCGAUGAGGAACGCCGGACCGGUCUGGAGGCCAAGAUGGCCGCCGCUGAGAAGGAGCUGGCCCGGGUCCAGCUGGUCCACGCCGACACCGAGCGCGCUCUGCAGCAGCAGCUACAGGAAGUGAGUCUGGAGCUGAAAGCGUCGCAGCAGGAAGUCGCAGCUGUUAGCGAGCUGCAGGGGGCGCUAGCGUCCAGAGAGACUGAGGUGCAGGAGCUGAAGGCUCAGCUGGAGAGCCAGGCAGCCGCCCAGGUGGAGAACUCGUCUGAAGCGGAGCAGCUGAAGAACGACGUGCAACGCAGAGAAGAACAAGUCAGCACUCUGGAGGCGGAGCUUAGCCAGCUGAGGACGGAGCUACAGCUGAUGACAUCACAGAGACUGGAGGAAGCUGGCGAAGCAGCAGCAGAAGAUCAGACGCAGAAAGACGGUUCAGGAAGUGAGACGGAGUCCGAUCAGCCGUUCGAAAGUCUGGAGGAAGACUCUCAGCUGCUGCGUCUGGAGGAAGAACUGCAGCAGCUCAGAGAGGAGCUGCAACAGGCCCGUAACCACGGCAACCAGCUGCAGGAGGAAGCAGAGCAGCGGGAGGCGGGGCUUAAAGCAGCGCUGACUGAAGCUGAGUCCAGAUGUGCGUCUCUGCGUUCAGACUUCCAGGCGUCGCUGCAGGUUCUGUUUCCAACCGUCUCUGUGGAGGCGGAGCAGAGCGACUGGCUCGACGUGUUCACCCAGAAAGUUCAGGAGAGUAAAACUGAAGAGGAGAGGUCUCACUCUGAGCUGCAGGCGAGGCUGAAGGAGGCCGAGGACCAACGGGAGGAGUUGGAUCAGAGCAGGAAGCUGCUGCAGGAGACGGAGGCGGAGCUUCAGGCGCUAAAACAACGUUCAGAAGAAGAAGAAAACGUCUGGAAGAACAAACUGAGCGACGCCGAGAACGAGAAGCAGAAGGUUCUGGAUCAGCUGAAGCAGCAGGAGGAAGACGAGUCGAAGAACACAGAGACAGAAAACACACAGCAGCUGAAGGAUCAGCUGAUGCUGAUGGAGGCUCAGCUGGAGAAACAGCUGGAGGAGGCGAGCAUCAGCCAGAGCUGCAGCGAGGAGCUCGCCCAGGUGCGCUCUCAGCUGCAACAGGUGAGCGUGCGGCUGCAGGCGGAGCAGAGUCAGAGACAACAGCUGGAAGAAGAGCUGCAGCAGGUUCGACAGGAAAUAGCGGCGCUGCAGCAGGCGGAGGCUGAUCAGACGUCAGCUGAUCCGUUGAAGGAAGUCACGGUGGAGCUGAAGGAGGAGACGUCAGUGUGAGCGGACGACCGGAGACGACGCAGAGCGCUCGCUUCGUCACUGUCCUGUUGCCAUGGUUACAGAGACGAUGACAUCACACACAUUCAGUUACUGAGACAGUCGGAGCUGGUUACGGACAAACUGUGAACAUACGUGUUAAACGUGUAGAAACAUGAUGAGGUCAUCACGACAGCAGACAUCAGUUCUGCUGCGACGCUUCAGGAACAAUAAAGUUUGAUUCAAAUCA